GGGAAGGAGAGAGAAAUGCUCCCGGAGGAGGACGGCAGAGGAGCCCGGUGACCGGACGCUGAGUCUGCCCCGAAAACAGCCGUUUACCGGCGGGAAGAGAAGAAGAGAAGAGAAGAAGAGAAGUAGAGAAGUAGAGAAGAAGAACCGAGCCCAGGACGGAAAACACCGAACCAUAACCCGAGCCUCUGCUAACCCGAACCUCUCCGAACCUUCCCGAACCCUGACCCAGGAUGGGAGCGGACAGACACACCGUGUUCCUGCUGCUCUGACCAUGCAGUCAUUCCUCACUCAGCCCCGCCGCUAGAAAGAGAGAGAGAGAGAGUGUGUGUGUGUGUGUGUGUGUGUGUGUGUGUGUGAGAGAGAGUGUGAGUGAGUGAUUCCAGGAUGGGCUUCGGUCGGGAUCUGAGGAAUUCCCACGAGGGUUUGCUGAAGCUGCAGGACUGGGAGUUGAAGCUGCUGGAGACGGUGAAGCGCUUCAUGACCCUGCGGGUGAAGAGUGAUAAGGAGUACGCUGCUCUGCUUCUCAGCAUGACCCAACAGAUGGAGAAACAGGAAGCAGCCGACUAUGUCAGCACAGUCAGUAAGUCCUGGUCUCAGGUGAUCCGGCAGACGGAGGUCUUGGGUCGGGUGAUGAGGACUCACGCCGAUGACCUGAACUCUGGUCCUCUUCAUCGUCUCGCUACGUUGAUCCGAGACAAGCAGCAAGUGAAGAAGAGUUACCAGAGUCUUCAUCAGCAGCUGGAGAGCCACAACCACAAGGUAACCAGGAGUGACCUGGACAAGCUGAAGUCGACGUAUCGUCAGCUGAGCCGCGACGCUAACAACACUAAAGAUAAAUACAGAGAAGCUCUAGCUAAAGGUCGGGAGGCGGAGCGUGCUCACGAGCGUUACGACAAAGCGACGACAAAACUCCACAACCUUCACAACCAGUACGUGUUAGCGGUGUGCGGCGCGCGGACGCAGCAGGACGAACACCGACGCCACGCUGCGCCGGCGCUGCUCGACGCCCUGCAGAGGAUGCAGGAGGACAUGACCCUCGCCCUGCGGAGUAUUCUGGAGGAGUACUGUGAGAUCAGCAGCCUGCUGACGGAGGAGAUCGUGAAGGUGCAUCAGGAGAUCUCGGCGGCGGUGCAGCAGAUCGAUCCUCUGGCGGAGUAUCAGCACUUCAUCGACGCUUAUCGGUCUCCCGAGACUCCGGAGGAGGCGGUGGAGUUCGACACGUCUCUGCUGGAGGAGACGGACAACCUGCCGGCGGACAUCCUGUGGAACACGCUGACGGCCGACAGCCUGCAGGCCAUGUUGUCGUCGGCGACGGAGGAGUUGACGCUGACGCAGCAGAACCUGCGGACGAAGGAGGCGCUCGCCGACGACCUCGACUCCAAAAUCCAGACGAGUCAGCAGAACGCCGAGAGGAAGAGCGACUGCGUCCUGCUACUCAGUCAGAAACUGUCCCUCCUGGAGCUCCGGCACGCCGUCCAAUCACUACGCGGAUCUGAGGCUCGCCUUUCCUCCCAGAAGGCAUUGCUGGACACCAAGAUGGCCGCCACCUCUGCCUCGCCACCCCCACCGCCGCCGCUCCCGGCGCUGGCGUAUGAGGAUGACGCACGCUCUGUCGGCUCCACCGAUAAAACGAAGGAGAAGGGCUCGCGCUUCGACACUCUCCGACACUCUCUGGCCGGGAUGAUCCGCUCUCCUAAAGCCAUGCUGGGCUCCUCCACCUCGCAGUUCUUUGACGUGAUCCCGACGUCGGAGCGCCCUCUGGCGGAUCAGGAGUGGUACCACGGCGCCAUCCCCCGAACCGAGGCUCAGGAGUUACUACGGCAACAGGGAGACUUCCUGGUGAGGGAGAGCCACGGCAAGCCGGGCGAGUACGUCCUGUCUGUGUUUUCUGACGAGCAGAGACGACACUUCAUCAUCCAAUACGCUGAUAGUCAGUACCGUUUUGAAGGGACCGGCUUCUCCACCAUCCCUCAGCUCAUCGAGCAUCACUUCUCCACCAAACAGGUCAUCACUAAGAAGUCUGGAGUGGUGCUGCUCAACCCCGUCGUCAAGGAUAAGAAAUGGAUCCUGAACCACGAGGACGUGACGCUGGGCGAGCUGUUGGGAAAGGGUAACUUCGGCGAGGUGUUCAAAGGGACGCUGCAGCGCGACAAAACACCCGUCGCCGUUAAGACGUGUAAAGAAGAUUUACCUCCAGAGCUGAAGAUCCGCUUCCUGUCUGAGGCCAGGAUCCUGAAGCAGUACGACCACCCGAACAUCGUGAAGCUGAUUGGUGUUUGCACGCAGAGGCAGCCGAUCUACAUCGUCAUGGAGCUGGUUCCUGGAGGAGACUUCCUGUCCUUUCUGAGGAAGAAGAAGGACGAGCUGAAGACGAAGCAGCUGCUGCGUUUCUCAGUCGAUGCUGCGGCUGGUAUGGCUUACCUGGAGAGCAAGAACUGCAUCCACAGGGACCUGGCAGCCAGGAACUGUCUGGUGGGGGACGGCUCCGUGUUGAAGAUCAGUGACUUCGGGAUGAGCCGACAGGAAGACGACGGAGUUUACUCUUCAUCAGGACUCAAACAGAUUCCUAUCAAGUGGACCGCCCCCGAGGCCCUGAACUACGGCCGUUACAGCUCGGAGAGUGACGUGUGGAGCUACGGGAUCCUCCUAUGGGAGACCUUCAGUUUGGGGGUGUGUCCGUACCCGGGGAUGACCAAUCAGCAGGCUCGAGAGCAGGUGGAGAAAGGUUACAGGAUGGCGUGUCCUCAGCGUUGCCCUGACGACGUGUACAAAGUGAUGCAGCGCUGCUGGUCGUAUCACGCCGAGGAGAGACCCAAGUUCCACGAGCUGCAGCGCGACCUCGCCGCCAUCAAGAAGAAGUGACAUCAUCGCCUCGCCGCCAUCAAGAGGAAGUGACAUCAUCGCCUCGCCGCCAUCAAGAGGAAGUGACAUCAUCGCCUCGCCCGCCAUCAAGAGGAAGUGACAUCAUCAGAGGGAGCUCAGCAUCUUUAACACUACAAGUUUUUAUGUUUGAUGACAUCACACAUGGUCAGCAGGUUGCCAUGACAAUGACGUCAUUCAUAAACAGGAAGUGACUUCGUGUAUCCAACGUAUAAAGUGCAAUUUUCUGUCCAAUCAGCAGCCGGCUGAUUAAUGAUCAGGUGACCAGGUUAGCAAACAGAACACUGUAACAGGAAGUUAGCAUAGCAUGGUGAGUCAGCUGAUCGCCCUCUUUUAUUCAACAUGUAACAUGACAGUCGCCGUGGCAACAGACAUGUUCUCUCACCUGCUGACGUUUCUCACAAAUAUAAAAUCUUUAUUUUAUUUAUUCUGUUUUUAUAUGUCAUGUUUUUAUCAUCUGUCAAUCACUACACUGACCCCGCCCCCAGCCGCCAAUCACUACACUGACCCCGCCCCCAGCCGCCAAUCACUACACUGACCCCGCCCCCAGCCGCCAAUCACUACACUGACCCCGCCCCCAGCCGCCAAUCACUACACUGACCCCGCCCCAGCCGCCAAUCACUACACUGACCCCGCCCC